AUGGAUAUCAAACUCCAUCCCGCCUUAACCGUUUCCAACAUCAAAAGUCACAUCCCGAUAAUUCUCGAAAAAGAAUCGACUCACUAUACCACAUGGAAAACCUUAUUCAAGGUUCAUUGCCAAGCAUAUGAGGUUCUUGAUCACCUCGCACCAAAACCCACACCCGUCGCUGCCUCCUCUGACGCAGCAGCCGCUACCAAGGCCGAAUCCGCAGCCGCCGAUGCACUGUGGUCUCGUCUGGACGCCAUUGUGCUCCAGUGGAUUUAUGCUACUAUCUCCCCCACCCUUCUGCAUAUUAUUCUCAAACCUGGACAAAAUGCCAAUGACGCUUGGACUUCGGUUGAAACCGAGUUCAGCGACAACAAGAACACCCGGGCUGUGUUUCUGGGCCAAGAAUUUGCCAAUCUCUGCCUAGAGAACUUCUCUUCCAUGGCUGAUUAUUGCCAACAUGCCAAGCACUUGGCUAAUCAGCUCAAGAGCGUUGGUUCUCCGGUCGAUGACUGCAUGUUAGUUAUCAAACUUCUGACCGGGCUCACGGAACAAUACAACGGUAUAUCCACAGUACUUCAGAACCGAGACCCUCUUUCUGAUUUUAACGAAGCUCGUUCACGUCUCACUCUUGAAGAAAGAAAGAAGAAACGGCAGGUUGCUUGGGCAUCUUCAUCCGCCACCACUGCCCUUUUCCGCCACAGCCUCCACCCAGCAGCAACCCAACUCCUCCACGCCAUCAUAUUACUCCACUUCGGAUCGGGGGGGUCCUGGUCGCUCCCGUGGGGGACGCGACCGUGGUCGUGGCAGAUCAUCUACUGGCCGUAA